AGAUGGAACCAGUAGAGAUCCUCUCUGAGAAUCAAAUAACGCCGCAAAAUCAACACCCCAACCAUAACACCUACUUCCUUCCCCGCGUGCUGAAUACAUCCCAUGAAGCAUCUGCUCGGAGAGUCGAAACGCACCAUCACAAAGCCCCACCCUCCUUCAAGUGUCGAGCUUCCAGUGAUGAAUCCCCUGCUACUAUCCGUUCAAUUGUCAAGCCACAGCACGGCUUUGUGCCCUCAAAUCUGGCAGCUGUCCAGACUUUGCUUCGUGAGAAGGACGCUGAAGUAGUAAGGCUCAAGCAUGAAAAUGCCCUACUGAAACAGAUAGAACGUCGACAGCAGAAGGAGAUUGAACAGCUGGAAUGGCAGAGUGAGGAGCGAGUUAUUAGAGCACUGCGUGAGGAGCUUGCUGGACUGAGACACAAGCUGAAGAUCUACUUUACUCAGCUCUCUGCAAAUGCGCGUGAAAUUCGGCAUAUCAGCGAGGAUAGGCGACGCCUUAGAGAUCAAAACAUCCGUCUUGAAGCGCUUAUUGCCGAUAGAAAUCUUGGGGAACGCGAGAAAUUAAGCAGAGAAGUAGACUCAUUGAAUCGGAGAUUAGUUGAACAGGAAAGGAUUGCCGCGGAUGCAGUGAAGAGAGCUGAGCUGAUUGAAAAAAACCUGACAAUAGACAAUCGCCAUCUACGGUCUCGGGUGUACUCUCUUGAGAAAGACAACUCAGAAUACGGGGAAAGGAACCAUCACCUUGAAGAAGCUGUCAAGGACAAGGAAAAAGAGAUCUCGUCUCUUUAUAUUUACCGGUACAACGCUGUUCAUAGGAAGCCUGAAAGUAACGUCUGUAAGGCUUGUCAACAUCGAGAAAAGGAGGUACAAGACUCUCAGCGAAAGGCACUCAUAGCCACAAAGCUACCAAAACUGCAACCACCUAAGGUAGUGCCAGUAUCUGCAACAUCAGUCGAUAUAUCCUACUCUAUUCCUGAAGAGGCAGCGGGGGGCGAUGGAGACCCUGUAUUCUCUAGGCUCGUGCUACGGUAUUCAACGGAUUCUGCCAUGAUCAAUGGCGUUUGUACUGUGGAUAUCAUGCACCCGCAGGACGGUUAUAGCAAGGCCAUGCAUUCGGAGCUUAAUCCAACAGAGACCACAUGUGUCUUUGCAGAUGAUGCGACGGCCUCUCGUGACUGCUUGCCAUCUGCUGUGCGAACAUUCCGGCUAGAGGGGUUAUUAAGUGGAACCAUAUACUUCUUCCAACUGGCUGCGGGACACCAGGAUGUGGAGGGGGUACCAACUCCGCCAACCUAUGCUGUACUGAAGAGACCUGAAAUCCCUCAAAAGGAAAGUUUGCCUGCAAGCCCAGGGAGCUCCACACCCCCAGUACCAUUCAAUCUGCGAGUCCAGAUACUUGGAACCUCGGCGCUUCUGGUAUCAUUUACGUGUCCGCGAGGGAAAAAUUUAAAAAUACACACAUACGGGAUUACGAUCAUCAAAACACCUCUUCGCAAGGUGGGAGACAGCUCGGCUCCGAUCUUAAGUCGUCUAGAGAUACCAUGUGAUGAUGGGCCAGAUGAUGUCGUCUCGUACACGUAUAACAAAGCCGACACGAAUUGCAUAUACAUAUUCCAGGUGCAGGCCGCCAACGAAACUGGAUGGUCGAGAAAUAGCGAGCCCAGCGCUCCAGUUGUUAUUGGCGGAUCAGAUGAAGAUAAACAUGACGGCCCACUCAUUGUGCCCCCUGUGGAAUCAGCCUUAUCACUUGCAGUGGGGAUUCCGCUACCACCGUCACCACUGCCACCGGCUGUAUUUGAUGUGCCUGUCGAAAAUAUGCCUGUUGAAGACAAGCACCUACCAUACCCCGACCCUGUUCCCGAGACAGCCACAGAUCACUCAUCACAAGAAGAGGUCUCUCCACUAAAGUCUAGGACAACAUCUAAUCUUACUCUGAACCAGAAGAUUGAAAAUAUGCAUAUGGGAAUGCCUGCCUAUUAUGACCCCUUGGUAACUGACAUGGCAAAAUAAAGUGGUCACCACAUGUGGUAUAUGAAUUGGUAGGGCAAUAGGAGAUAUGGACAUUCAUAUAAAUACCACUAAAGUAACUCAGCCUACCUGGUAACAGCUCCUGGGUAAUUAUAUUGUAUUAUAAUAAUACUGCACACUUGAGCUGGGUAGCCAGCCAG